GAAGAAUCCUGGAAGCAAGCUGUAGAGUUGUCAUUUUUUCCGAGAGCUUGGAGCGGAAGUGGGAUAAACUCCCAAAAUGAAGGCUAGUGAUGCUUCAGUGAUGGAAAGAUUAAUCAUCAUAAGACGCUCUCGUGCUAGGGUAUUCUCUUGUAGAUGACUGAGCUUCGUUUUGUAGCAAGCUGCCUUCCAAAAAGGACGACAAAUGCGGCGCCUCUUGACGGAGAAGUUCUUACCAGGUACUCUAAAUUGCAAGUGGAAGGGGAAAAGCUGGAGGUCACUUUUCUACUCACCGCAUUGAAGUCGUGCAGAAAGCUAAAGGAUCUUGAGUUCAGCAAAAGGAUUCACAGGGAUGCGGUUGCUAGCGGUGACAUCUCCAACGUCUUCGUAGCGAACACACUCCUCGACAUGUAUGUGAAAAGUGGCAGUCUCGAUACUGCUCGCAGUCUUUUCGAAGGCAUGAACCAGCGCAGUGCAGUAUCCUGGACAGCAAUGAUAGUGGGAUAUACUCAGAUUGGUCGACCCGAGCUAGCGUUGGAACUAUACGACCGCAUGCAGAACGAAGGCUGUGAACCGGACCGUGUGACACUCUUGGCUGCACUCAAGGCCUGUGCAGCAUUUGCAAAGAAAGAAAAGGGACAGCUCCUAGAUCAGAAAGUGGUGAGGCUCAAGUGCCUGGCAACGGCCAGCCGUCUUUACUCUCAAGCUUGUCAAGGCGGAGAUCAGAUGGAUACUGCUGUAGGGAACAGUUUGAUUGACUUGUUCGCCAAGUGUGGGAGCUUGGAGGACGCUCGCAGGCAGUUCGAGAGCAUGCCGAAGCGAAAUGUGGUCUCGUGGAACUGCAUCAUUCUUGGCUAUGCUUUAGGCGGGGAAGGCAGGAUAGCGCUGGAGUUCUUCGCACGUAUGCAGGAACAGGGGUACCAGCCGAGCGAUGUCACAUUUCUGGCUGCUCUCAAGGCUUGUUCUAGCAUGGCUGACAAAGAAGAAGGCAAGCUGGUGGAAGGGAAAAUCUUGAAGGUGACAAGCUUGGAUAGAGGAAGAUUGAUCCACUUUCAGGCACUUCGAAACGUGGGCAGUCUGGGUCUCGCGCUAGGCACAAGUUUCGUUGACGUGUUUGCGAAGUGCGGGAGCAUGGUGGAGGCUAGAAAAAUUUUCGAGGAGCUCCAGACUCGAAGUAUGGUUUCUUGGACUGCCAUGAUGCUGGGAUACGUACAAAAUGGAGAGCCCGACACGGCUUUGAGGCUAUUUGCCAGGAUGUGGGACGAGAGAUGCGCUCCCGAUGCUCUCGCGUUCGUAGCUGCUCUCAAGGCGUGUGCUAGCUUGGCAGAGACAGAAGAAGCAAAGCUUGUUGGAGGAAGGCUCGUUAAGUCCGUGGCACUGGAACGGGGAAGGGCCAUUCAUUCUCAGGCUGCUGGAGCCGGGCUUGUGGAUCUCGUGGUGGCGAACACCCUGAUCGACAUGUACGCCAAGUGUGGAAGCAUCUGGGACGCUCGGCAUGUCUUUGAAGCCAUGAAGAAGCGCAGCGCAGUGUCCUGGAACUGCAUUCUCAUGGGGUGCGUCCACAAUGGCGAGGCCGAGUUAGCUCUCGAGCUCUAUCGACGCAUGCAGCGGCAGCAAAGCUCGUCAUCGUCUCCACCACCAGACGCCGUAACGUUCGUCGCGGCACUGAAGGCCUGUGCGACGCUGGCAGCUCUGGAAGUCGGGAAACAGAUCGAAGCCGAGAUUUGCAACGCGGGUUUGGAGUGCGAGCUGAUGGUGGCGAACUCUCUCGUCGAUCUCUACGGGAAGAGCGGUGCGAUGGGCGAAGCCGAGCGGGUGUUCAGCUCGGUUCCCAGGAAGGAUGUGGUGACUUGGAGCUGCUUGAUCGCGGGAUACAGCUCCAGGGGCGACGCGCUGCUCGUGUUUGAGCUGUUCGAGCGUAUGCAAGUGGAAGACAAGCUCCAACCCGACGGUAUCACUUUCCUCUCGCUUCUAACGUCGUGUGCCGCGGCAGGACUCGCUUCCAGAGCCAAGGAGUACUUCGUCUCCAUGCAAGCGGUGUAUGGCAUCACUCCCUCGAUCGAGCACUACAACUGCGUGGUGGAUCUCUUGGGCCGGGUGGGGCAGCUCCAGGACGCAGUGGAAAUCGCGAGGAGCAUGCCGUAUGAUCCAGGUGCUGUGGUCUGGAUGGCGCUCCUCGACGCCGCCGAGAAGUGGAGUGAUCCGGAAGUGGGAAGAACAGCGUACGAGUUCUUGGUGGAAAGAGGAAGAUCAUCCAAAGCGGCGGGAGCAGCGUCCGCGAUAAUGGCCAAAAUCCAAGCUCACGCCGGGAAGCUUUCAAAAGAUUCCUUUUUAAAAUAACGUAUAUUCGUUGAGCGCGAA